AUGGACCAUGACCGGGACUGGCUCGGACGAGACAUGACCCCACUCCAUCUCGCUGUCGAGAAAAGGGACGACCCAUUAGUUCAUUGGAGUGACAUGGACAAGUCUGAAGAGAUCCUCACCGAGAUCCUUCUCUCGGCAGGCGCGGACCCCAACACAAAGACGAGCAACGGCAACACCCCAAUGCAUAUUGCCAACACAGAGAAGCCCCGCAUAUUUGAGCUCUUGCCAAACGUCAAGGUCUUCGACAUGUUGUUGGAGCUUGGCGCAGAUGUGAACAUCGCCGACGGCAAUGGCGACAAUGUCUUCCAUCACAUAUUGCACAGCAUCAACAGCCUCGCCGACAGCCGCGAGUUCAUGACCAACAAGAAGAGCCAGCCGCCGCUGUUCAGCUACAACAAGUGCGGUUUUUCCUCCCGGACCGCUCUCGCUCGUCAUCACGAUGAGAUGCUCAGGAUGCUUGUGGGUGUCGGCAUGGACCUGAACGCGCGCGACGAGCAGGGCCGCACGAUCCUCUGGGUGAUUGGGGAGCAGUAUGGGACCGAUGUCGACGUGAUCGAGAAGUUCAUCCGCUUGAGUGCCGAUCCCGGCGCGGCCACGGACGACGGCAGGACUACUGAGACGUACCCAAGAGCUCAGGAAGUGAUUCUGGUCUUGAUGGACGAGGGGACUGUGUCGCCGCUGGCAAAGAACGCGGAGGGACAGUCGGCACUACACGUGGCGGCUGAUCCGACGACGCUUGCCACCAGCAACUUGUCCCCGCUGCACGUCGCCGCCCGCAAAAGAGACGCUGGUGUUGCAGUACUUCUUCUCGUACAGUACCGCAAGCUGAGCGUCCUCGAGGAGCACGUCAACCUGCUCGGUGAGGGCAGGGCGCCUCUGCACUAUGCAUGUCGAGCUGGAAGCCCCGAGGCCGUCUGGUACCUGUUGCGCAACGGUGCAGACCCUUCCAUCAUGGAUGGAAACGGACUGACUUCACUGCAUGCCUUGACGGAAUGCGAGGCUCCGGGCCCGCCGCCCAUGGUCGACAUCAUUGCGAUGCUGCAACGCGGGGGUGCCGAUCUGACCGCCGAGGCGGCGAUUCGGAUGGACGGCGAGACGAGGAUGUUGACUCCCUUGGACAUGGCGGUGCAGAGGAAAAACUGGGAAAUGGUCCGGGCUCUGAUUACUCAUGGGGUUCAGCCUCGUGACUGCCAGAGACCGUCUGAGGAAUUUGUCUUAGCCACGGACAGGGCCUCAGGAAUUCCCAAGGGCUGGUCGGACUCGCCGGUGGAGAGGACGCUGGGCGGCUGGUCCAGGGGCGAGAAUGCCUCUAGAGAAGGGAACUUGCUUCAUGACCAACGGACAAGACAUCCUGGAUUUGAAAGUCCCGAACCUGCGGACGAAGAUGGCAAUGCCGCCGAUUGCUUGUGCGAUGUGCUGCAGGAUGGUGACUACGACAUCAUUAAGGAGUAUGCCCAGCUCGGAGGGAAUAUGAUACAGCUACGACGUUGGAGCAAGGACAUAUUUCUUCACCACCUCAUCCGAAGCGGCCAGGCAGAGUUGUCGGAGUACUUUGGCGACAAGGUGGCCGAGUUUGAGGCGCAGGACUGGGUGCAGAAAAACAAAAACGUCUGCUGCACGCUGCUCGGCGCGGCAUGCCUGCGGAGCCAGCCUUCCCUGCAAAUUAUCCAGUUGCUUGUAGAGAAGCUUGGCGUUGAUGUGAAUGCCACCUACAAUCCGGAUGGCUUCUGCUACAGGCUGCGGAGAGGAACGGCCCUUCACAUCCUCGCGAGCGGGGCUAACUUCUGGCAGGUCGAGGCGCUCGAGUACCUCCUCUCAAAAGGGGCGGACAUCAAAGCGAGGAAUGCGGAUGGGAUGACGCCAUUGCUGGCCGCUAUUGAUAAAAGCUGGCCAGACGGUUUUUGGAGGGAGGAGACGGUGUGUGUGCUGUUGAAGCACGGGGCUGAUGUCAAUGCGACUGCCAGGAAACUGUCGGGGGUCACUGGGCGGUCGGCGCUGGAGAUGUCGGGCCACCCGGGGGUUACAAGACUCUUGUUGGAACAUGGGGCGAGCAGAGACUGGUUUUGGGGUCUCUUGACAUACGCUGUCUGUAAUUGGAUGGAGCCGGGGAUUAUGAAGCUGCCGUUGGAAGCAGGGCUGGACCCGAAUGAGCUGCCGUCGUGUGGAGGGGAUCAACAACAGGAGAAACGGCUACUCAAGGGAGUCAUAGAUGAUGAGGAGGUUGAGCAAAAGAAGGGUGGGGGAGAGGAUGAGGAGAGGGAGGAGUGGGGAGAGGAGGAGGAAGAGGAGGAGGAGGAGGAGCCAAAGGUGGAACCACGCUAUCCCCUUCACGAGGCAGCCCGGCCAUCAACCGCAUACGACCCAGCAUUCAACUUCAGGCGCGGCAGCAAGCUAGAUCGCAAAGGCCAUCAUGGACGGACACUUCUGACCUCAGCUUGCAUCCCUGUUUUUCCUGUGGGUGCACCAGUCUACGGCGUCCCAAAACCAAAGCCGACUGUCGUGGCCGAUGCCAUAAACGCCCUCGUCACCGCUCGAGCGGAUGCCCUCGCUCUCGACGACGAAGCCGCACUCCUCUGCACUGAUAAGCAAGGCCGCAAGCCCCUGCACCUAGCCCUAGCAAUCAACGCGAGCCGCGCGCAAAUUUCGUCGUUCCUGAUUCAACACCUCCUCUCCGUCGGCGUCAAUCCAGCAGACCCAGACCCGCUGACAGGCAACUCAGCUCUGCACUUCAUCGCACCACGGCUCGUAGGUGAGUCCACGGCGGCCGCGGCCGCGACCACCCUGUUCCUCGAGCUGGCGGCCCACCUUGACAUCAACGCGCGCAACGGCGCAGGCGAAACGCCGGUCUUUGCGUUUGCGGCGGUUGGGUGGGCGGGCACGCGCAAUCCGGAAAGUAAGGUCGGGCACCCAACGUACGCGCUCAAGCACGACAUGACGCAUGCCAAGGCACUGGAUAUGUUUGUUGAGUUGGGUGCGGAUCUGGUGGCUGUCGAUGGGAAAAACCGGACGCUGCUUCAUGUGACGGCUGGACGGAAGGGUGUGCGAGGUAGUCAGUUGGAGCCGGAGGAGAUGGAGGAUGUUGAGGGGGCAUUCAAGAAGCUCCUUGAUUUGGGGAUUCAUCCACGGGCGGAGGAUGAUCAGCUGCGGACGGCGAUUGAUGUGACUGUGGCGCGAAAUAUGUAUGGGAUUGUGUGGAUGUUUAGUGAGGAGGGGAGGAGAGAGAGGGAGAAGGGGAUGAAGGAUGAUGGUGGAAAGGAGAGCGGGAGUGGUGAUUUUGAGUGGUGA